AUGUUCGCUGUCCAUCGCUUUCGCGACUCGGUGGCCUUCUCCCAUUCCGACUCUUCGGAAGAGACAAGCAAACAGCCAGGACAGCCUCAACAAAACGGACGUAAAGCUGACGAGCUGUGAGCGUUGAGCAAACCGGUCAUUCUUUCCAGAGAUAGAAGAAAAAGAACAUGGAGUCAGCUUCGAAUUCCACUUCAGGGCCCACCAUCAGGGUCCCGGAGCGGAAGUAUGUCCCCUACCGCCAAGGAGCGGAGGGACAGCUGAAACAGACCGUGGGGAACAGGGCUGGUAGGGCCCUGAAAGCCCCAACAGCCCCAGUCAUGUCAUCAUCAGUGGCCCUGGUGGAGACGCUGUUGGCGCCGGAGCUUAGGCCGAAGAGGGCAUCCUCACCGCGACACUGCAGCGCCUUACGGGAGAGAUCCAGAUGCGUGUCAUUGUCUGAUGGCACCGUGACAGUGCCGUCGACCAGCAGUGCCCGUGGCAGCAUCAUCAUCACAUGGCAGGAUCAAGAUCGCAGAAAGAAGCGGGCGGACGUUGGGUCCUUGGCCAUCUCUGCGCCGUACAAGAAAGGGCAUAGAAGAUGCCCGGCCACAGCAGCCGCCGACUGGGGCUAUGGAAAGAAAAAGUGGAAGGGAGGAAGCAGGAACCCGAGGUCGAAGCUGUUGUUGACAUCCGGCAAGUGGAGGGAGAAUCUCGACCAUUUGCUGGAAAACGAAGUGGAAGCUGCAGGUGACAAUGCAGACGCUGCAGGCACCACAGGCACGAGUGUCACCACCCCUCUGCUAGUGGCUCAGCGGUACCUCCCCGUCUCGGCUUUGUGGAUUUCAGCCAGAACUGGAAAAGAGAAGCCGUCCAAGCCGCCCUUGCACCUGCUGCCCUUGACGAAAUACAACUCCAACGAUGACGUGAAUCGCAACAAGUGGGAGGAAGUCCCCGGCUUUGACGGCGACAGCCGGGACUUGCAGCCCGUGCCAGCCUCAGCCUAUUGGUUUUCAACUUCUUCUUCACCGUCACUACUUGCUCAUCCUUCGCCUCUUUCUUCACCCGCGUCGAAACCCAGACUCCAGCUUCAAGCGUGCAUAAGCUCAAGGGCUGGCGAGAACGUGGACGAUCCACAACAACCCAACGGAAACGAGGAUGAAUCAAGUGGCAGCAGCAGCAGCAGCGGAAGUAACCAGGAGAAGCCCAACAGCAGCAACAGCCUGAGUCGACAGCAACAACCGAGAAAUAAAGGAGGCAGCCAAUACAAAGACAUAUUAGAAAAGGACGACGCCGUCUUACUACUGUUGGAGAAAAAGGUCCUCUACCCCCCCGUGCCAAUUUCCCCCUCCUCUUCACCAUCCUCAGAGCCGGCGCACCCCUCGGAGCCCACCACCACGACACAACAGCAACAUCCCACGCGGAAGCAGACGCAGACGCAGAAGCAGGCGCACUCGUACCUGGGCCCGGACGUGCAUCUCAAUCUGCACACAAACCACCACUCAAACUCUCCUGCCCUAGUGCGGUUCCUUGUCUCGGCCACUGCCACGGACUGUGCAAAGGUCGAUGUGAUUAAUGAGACACGCGAUUGGCUCGAACAAUUAUUCAAAGACACGAUCGGCGACACCACCGCCCGGGAACGGGAACUCGCACACGGCCAGGACCAUCACCACUCUUUCUUGCUACCACUGCCGCUUGUCUCUUGGUGGCACCAUAGCCCGUUCGAUCCCGCAACCGGUCACGGCUGUCAGCCCGUCAACGGAGCCGAAAAACGACCUCGCUCACCCCGGCACGCGCAAGCUGAACAAGCGGCUUCGGUGCAUAUUAAGGGUCAGGAGGGCCUUGCUCUUGACAAGGGAUCUAAUUUGAACGAAACCAAGGGCAUUAACAACAACACCACUGGGGCUGGCGGCUUGGAUUCACACACCUUGCAAACCUCGGUGCCACGAGUAGACACGGGAGCCGACAGUCGAACCCUUGCCGAACGGUGCAAGCUGGAGACCGACAUGAUCAUGGACCACCACCAGGCCUCAGCCGUGCCGCCCUCGCCCGCACUCUCUCACUCUUCUUUCUCCCUUAGAGGCAAAAAUCGGGUUUUUGGAAAACUACCUUUUCUCUCGCGCAGUCGCAACCCGGAAAGUCCAACCCACAUCGAGAUCGCCUCUCCAAUUUCCCCUUUGCAACCAGAACCUCCAACUUCAACUUCACCAGUUUCUCCGGCCUCCUCCAUGGGUGCCCCCAUUGACAAGACCCGAUCCAGGAGUCAGGAUGCGAAGACGUAUGCUGGCUCCGGAGGGCGCGGCAUUGUUCCCAUUCAAGAUGAGGUGCCAAGGGGGGCCGUUAAUGGCGCUGACAGACGCGUUACCGUUCGCUGUAAGGGCGUGACGGUGGAUCUCAAGGUUGAGGUUGAUACUACUACUGUGGACAUCUUGUUGGCUUAUGCCGACAAGACAGGCCUUCCCGUCAAUGUCAACAGCAGCAUGGUCAUCGAGGCGUAUACCCCCCUGGGUCUCGAGCGACGCCUUCGUCGCUAUGAACGUAUCCGUGAUGUAUUGAACACAUGGGAUCAAGACAUGCAGAACGUUUUGAUUAUCCAGACCGAAAACGACCGCAGCGACGAGAACCUAGACCUCGCCAGUGUUCCUCGCGAACAAAAGAUACCUACUGGCUUUGUCCUUCCGCUUCAGCAAUCUCACAGGCCCGGGAAAUGGACCAAGCGUUAUAUCACAUUGCUAGAAAACGGACAAUUGGUUUCGUCCAAGAAGCCCCACCCAAAACUUUCAGACAAGGACGUCUUGAGCAUCUGCCAUCUAUCUGAUUUUGACAUCUACAUGCCGACCGAAGCACAGAAACGAAAGGAGCUCCGACCACCCAAAAAAUAUUGCUAUGCAAUCAAAAGCCAGCAGAAAGCCACGAUUUUUUUGUCGGCGGAUAAUUUUGUCCACUACUUCAGCACCGAGGACGCCGCGGUCGCCCGUCAGUUUUCCGCUCGCGUCCAAGCUUGGCGAAGCUGGUAUCUGGUUAACAAGGUAUUGCAGCUGCAUAAGAAAAUGCAAGAGCGAGAAGCAGAGAAACCGCCUCAGCUCUCCUCGGCGCCGCACAAACCAAGAAGGGCAGUCAACGAUGUCAAUGCGGAUGACCACAAGAUCAAAGCUUCAGUCGACGAGUCUUCUUACCCGAUCGGUACAUAUAAGCCCCUAAUCGACCUGUCACGUUUCGACAAGCCCAUCGAUGAGUUUGACAAGGAUUGGAAAGCCGACCGAUCCAGACAGCAGGCCUCCCAAAUACCACCAUUCCAACUCCAGAAAGUCAGAAAAGCUACACAAGAAGAGAUAGAAGCACCAUUUGGCACGAGUGGUUUGCUUGGGAACAUAUAUGAAGAACGAAAACUUGCGCAGAAGGAAGAGGAGAGAAAGAAACUGGUGGUCGUUACCGACCAACCUUUUACCGAUCGACCCAGCCUUCUGAAUGGCGGAUUGGUAACCUCGCCAACUGAGGAGACCAGACAGCACGAUGGACGAUGCGAACCAAAGGCAUGGCUUCCGUCGGCACUUGAGCACACCGCCACCCAGCGCAGCACAAGAGCACCCUCUGUUCGUCGCAGUGCUCCAUCUAAUCAGUCGCCGCCAUCUCAGUACGCUCCCUCACAAUAUGCGCCUUCACAGUACGCACCGUCCCAGCACGAGCGUGGGCGUGAAACCCAUCGUCGUCAGCAACCGAACCAGCAACUGAAGCCCAGUGCGCCUCUUGUCGACCUAACUCCGAAAUUCGUUGAACCACCCCAAUGGUCACGCGAAGGUUUGGGACGAGGUGUGCGGGCUCCAGAAGGCAUGCCGUUGGUCGACAUGGCUACAGGACCCCAAUUGGCUCCCGGUGCCAAACCCCUCGACCUGCCACCCCGAACACUUGUUAGGCGGGAGCCGAGCACGCGAACCCCUGGUUCUCGGCCAGGAACUAGUGCCGGCCAAGCACCGCCAGGCUCUAGUGCAGGUAGUGUCCGAGCCGUUAGUCGGGCUUCCUCGGUGCGGGGCAGGAUGAUGAGUCAAGACGGGACGUCUGGGGGCAUGAGGAGCAUAUCAGGAUCGGCUUUUCUACCACCUGUACCUCCUCUACCCGGCUCAGUCCUCGGCUACGGGCCGAACCAUCCGCCCCCCUCGUCCAAAGGUAGAUAUACAGAUGGUUACCGUUCCCGUUCGUCGUCUCGUGGGCCACAAACGCAAUCCAAGCGAGGUUCUCCUCCGUCCUCUGGGUAUGAAGACGACCGUCAACGGACUUUUUCCUUGAGAAACCAGCCACAUCCGCUACUAUCGUUCGAUGAGACCCUAGAAGAACCGCGAGGUCUCCUUGGACAGGCAGACAGAAGCUCCAAUGUCUCCGUGCAACGAGCACAGAGUGUCCGAGUGGGCAGUUCUUCGCGCCGCGCAAGGAAUGGGAGUACUUACAAUUAUUGAUUAGCAUAUUCAUAUGGGUUUGAAGGGCUUUUUACUUGAACUGUAUAACGACUACGUAUCAUGACUUAACGCCGAUCACGAGUUCCUUACCGGUUCUUAAACGAUGUAUGGGCAUCUGGUUUCUGUUUGAUUAUAUCGUGCUGUCCGGCAACUCAUGUAAAGGGAUUUUUUUAUUGGUCACU